AAUUUUGCAGUUUACUCCAUCAUAGGAAUUCCGCAUGAUAUUGACUAUCUUCUAAGGCACGCCAAUGUGUCGAAGAAGCUUUCAUAGUGUUGUUUUGUCCACGCUAUCAAAUUCUCUCUUAUAGUAAAGAAAGUUUAUGUAAAGUGAUGAAUCCCGUUCAAUUGAUUGUUCAAUAAUGAUCUGUAGAGUUGCGAUUUGAUCUGUACACGGUCCUAUCCUUACGGAAUCCAACCUGUCGGUCUCGAAGUUGAGCGUCUACGGAGUCCUUCAAUCUGUUCAACAACACCCUAUUGAAUAUGUCUCCUGGCAUUGGGAGAAGAGUGCUGCCUCUGUAGUUCUCAAACUUGCUGAGAUCGCCUGUUUGGUGUUUUUAUCAUGUGUUCUUCUUUCCAAUCUGUUGAUACCUGUUCUUCAUCCCCAGUUUUGCUGAAGAGAAUGUGGAGUAUUUUUGCAGUUACUCCUACAUCUGCUUUCAGUACAUCUGCUGAAAUGUCUGGUCCUACUGCUUUGCCGCUCUUGAUUUGUCUGAGUGAACUGAACUAUCUUCCUAAAUAUAUUUGUUAUUUUGUUAAUUCCCCUUUUUUUUGCUUUCACGGAACUCGAACUGAUCAAUCAUUUAGUCGUGAACAAAAUAAAACUUGGCAUAAAUGUACAUCUGUUCAAGUCUCAACUCGCCAGAUUAGUAUAGCGACAAGUAAUUGACAAGACGAAGAGCAAAAUAUUUUCC